AUGCGAUUUAUUCUCUCCAUGAUAACCUUCCUCUGCUUUGCCACCAAAGUGUCAGCGGACAACUUUGCAAACUUCUUCGUAGAUGAGAAUUGUAAUGAAGACGGCUCAAUCGGAUUCGAGCUGAGCAAUCCCGGUUGUUUCGCUCAGUCUGGUCGGCACUCAGUCUACAUCCCCAAUAACGGUAUCCCUUGGACAGCCUACUACUGUCUUGUGAUCACCAACGACAGUGACGAGUGCAAUUGUCAAACUGAAGGGUUUGAGUUUCAAGCGGAUGGAUUCUGCCAUGUCCUUUCUGGAGAUGCUAAGUCCUAUCGAUUCAUCAGCGGCGGUUGCGAUGAGAACAACUGCUAA